CGUAUUUGCCGCUGCCUGCUCUCUCCAAUAGCACAUCUUGCCCCCGCACCCCAACUUUACCCUACAAUGGAUUACCAGCGGUGCGCUGACCUUCAUAAUGAGAUCAUGUAUCGGGGCUGGACAGAAAGCGACCGUGACUGGCUCCAACCGCAAACAUGGUGGCAACAUCAAGCCCCUUCACCAGAAACAGCGAGCCAACUCAGCCCCUCGUUAAUUGAGUUUCUUAAGCGGGCCUAUCUGAGACCCAAUGACUCGAGGUACCCUUAUUGCUUCUUCUACUACCUUGGUGGUCUCGCUUCUGCAGACGAUAUGAUCUCCAAUGGAUUUCUCGACAUAGCCGAGAAAAAUCGAUAUGUUCUCCUCUACAUGACUUCGCCAUGGAAUCUGGAUGAUAAAUUCGGCCUUGCGUUUGAUCUACACACUUCUACCGCUACGUUCAUUCCGAACUACAACGAGGCUGUGGAGAUUUGUCAGCACCGCUGGAGCUGGCUUCCUUUGGAAGUCAUUCUUGAGGGCUAUUUGGAUAUGCUAAAUGAAGGAAAAGUCAGAAUUGUUCCAGUCACUGAGCGUCAGGACUGGGAUUACGAAGGCCCAACCCUGGUUCGUCCUUGGCAGCUGUACCCUUACACUCCCAUCGACGUCCAAAAGGCCGCCUCCGCCAUGAAGCGGCUGGUUGAUGCCAUUGACACCAGGAUACAUGCAUUGCCAGGCCCGGCGGCGGAGCCAUAUACGUAUCUUCCCUGGCACGACCCUGAUGCAUUUCCUGACGAGCUCGUCCCUGCGUCUACAUUCGCCUACGACUUUCUAAAGGCCAUCUCCGACAUUCGGGUGCGAUUCCGCUAUAUCGCGCCUGGAAUUCGCAUCCCCACCCUGGACGAGUUUCUCAACCAAGCAUAUUAUGGCGGUGAUCCCUUGCACAUAUUCAUCAUCGAAACUACCGAUGAUACCCCAUCGGAUGGACCCGAUUAUGGAUGGUCGCAAUAUACCAUCGGUGUGCAGAUUACUCACGCGAACCCGUAUGAUGACCGCCACUUUACGAAUGAAUUUCAUCUCGAGCUUCCGUUCCGGGUUGGCGGCAAUGGACUGGCUAAACAGUCCAGCGGUCAGCCACUCGGCAUCGAUCCCGAGAAGGAAAAUCCCGUCCCAAAAGGAAGCCGCGGGGAACUGUACCAAGCCGGGAUGUCGAAUGGAUUUACGGAUUAUCACGGUGUUCAGGUUCACAAGGUCCUCGAGAACUGGGCUGGGAUGGUGGAGCGUGGGGAUUGGGAGGUUGGCGUUGAUGGGGUUCUAGGUGGCAUUGAGAAGUUUAUGGAGGCUGAUACGGAGGAGCAUUGGGAGAAGUAUACUGUGCCUCACUCCUGGUAGAUUCUUGUUAGGGUGAAUGGGGAGAUAGCAGUGGCACAAACCAAGGUUUGAUAGAGGUACAGAUGUGUACGCCAAUUAUCAAGCAGAGCAACACUUGAAUACUACGAGAGACACGGUGACAAGAGCCUAGUUAGGUAUACCGUCUGAAUGUGGCCAUUUCAUGUUCUUGACCUGAUUUUCCAAAACCAGUAGUAACCCAAUAAGCCAAAGGUUCAUUGGAUGCUGG